CUAGGCCUGGCCCCGGAAAUGUGGGCGCUCCUGGGCGUGGAUGCGGUGGCCUUCCUGAAGCUGCAGGAGGAGGAGCACAAGAGCGGGCGGAUGAGCGAGGGCUGCAACCCCGGACGCGCAGCGAGGCUGCCAGCCGAGGACCUUCGCCACCUGCCACUGUACAGCUCCUGGACGCCGCGGGACAUGGCAGCAGCGGGCUUUUACUGCACCGGGGUGAAGUCCAAGUCCGUUCAGUGCUUCUGCUGCAGCUUGGUCCUCUCCGGCUGCAGCUGCGGGAAGGUCCCCGUGGAGCAUCGCAGGGAGUUCCGCCUGGGCUGCCCAUUCCUGCUGGGCAGGGACGUGGGCAACAUGGGCAAGUACGACGUGCGUGCGGGUGAAGACCCCAGGCGAGGAGCCGAGCGGUGGCCGAGCAGGUACCGCGAGCAGGAGGCCAGGCUCGCGUCCUUGAACUGGCCCUUCUGCGUCCACGCAGUGUCCCCGCGGGGCCUUGCAGCUUCCGGCUUCGUCUUUAUAGGUCACAGGGACACCAUGCAGUGCUUCUGCAGCGGAUGCUUAGGACACUGGGAAGAAGGAGACGACCCCUGGCAGGGACAUGCCAGGUGGUUUCCCAAUUGUCCAUCUCUCCAAAAUAUGAAGUCCUAUGCAGAAGUGAUUCGCGACCUCAAGGGCUGUGGUGAACUCCUGAGAAACAGGGUACUUAACUCACAGUACUUCUUUGAUUACCCAGAAAGUCUCCAAGUGCGGAGAAGUAUCACGGUCUUUCUACUAGGCAGCAAGCAGAGAUGCAGCCCAGACAGUGAAAUCUUAGAAAGAUGUUUUGACAGAUCCCAGAUGCCAACAAUAGAUGAGUACUAUGCUUCAGCCUUUGAGACUCUGGAGCAAUGGGAGCAGGACUCGGUGCUGAAAGAGGAGAACAUCCGGAGUUAGUGGGGGCUCCAGCUGCAGCCUCCGCUAGUUUCUCCCGGUUACUGGCGGCUCUCCCCCAGGCCGCAGGAGCUCCCGCUGCUGCAGCUGCGUGCCGCCCAGCAGGGCGACGCCAGUCCUGCAGUGCUGGAGGCGCUCAUUGCCUUCGCCGCCGCCCAGCACGUUGAGCUCUGCGUGGAGGAGAGCAGCGGCUUCCUGGAGAGCAUCUGGCUGGCGCUGGAGCCCAGCAGGGCCGCGGUCACCAAGGUCACCCUGCGCAUGGGGGAGCUGCUGAGCGCUGCGGAGCGGGAGCUGCUGCUCGCCCUGCCCGCACUGGAGUCCCUGGCCAUCUCAGGCUCAGCCAGGUUCUCAGACCAAAUCUUCACUAACCUGGACAAGUUCCCAUGCCUGAGAGAACUGUCGGUGAAUCUGGAUAGCACUCUGGAUAUUUUUUCUCUCUUUCCUGAUGAAUUCCCAAACCGCCAUCAUAUGGAGAAAUUACUAAUCCAAGUUUCAGCUGGGUGUGAUGCUUCCAAACUAGUCAAAUUGAUUCAGAAUUCUCCAAACCUUUGUGUUUUCCAUCUGAAGUGCAAUUUUUAUCCGGGUUUUCAGUCUCUCAUAACCACACUGGCUUCCUGCAAGAAACUCAGUGAAAUUAGAUUUUCUGGAUCCUUUUUUGAUGCUGUCCCAUUUGUCAUUAUUCUGCCAAAUUUUAUUUUUUUGAAGAUGUUAAACCUGGAACACCAGCGAUUUCCUAAUGAGACAGCUGAAAAAUUUGCUGGCGCCUUGGGUUCGCUCGCGAACCUGGAAGAGCUGGUCCUUCUGACUGGGGACGAGAUUCAUCAGGUGGCGAAACGGAUCAUCCAGCAGUGCCAGCGGCUUCCGUGCCUUCCAGCCCUCUCCUUUUUCAAGAUUCUGAACGAUGACAGCGUGGCAGAAAUCUCCAACAUAGCAAUCAGUGGAGGUAUCCAGAAACUCGAGGACCUAAAUCUUUCAGUGAAUCACGAGAUUACCCAGGAUGGGUACAGGAAUUCCUUUUAAGCCCUGGAUAACCUGCCCAACUUGAGAGAGCUGAAUAUCUCCAGACACUUCACUGACUGUUUCGCAGUCCAGGCCAGCACGGUCAAGGGCCUUGGCCAGUGUGUGUCCUGCCUGCCCAAGCUGCUCCAGUUACACAUACUGGGUUGGCUCCUGGAUGCAGAAGAUGUUACGCUGCUUGAUGCUGUGAAAGAAAGACACCCUCAGUCCAUGCGUUUGCAGAUUUUCUGGAAAUGGAGAUUGCCAUUCCCUUCAGUCAUCCAGACAUGAAACCUUCAGGUGGGGUGAGCUGGCGCAUCCCUGUAACCCAGCACUCCAGACCUGAGGCAGAGGACUUUCAGUCCAAGGGGACCCUGGCACAGUGAUAACUUGUCUCAGGUGAAAUAAAGACUGUCUCUCAAUAAAUUUAUUCUGUUCUAAAAAAAUAGCUUCUAUGAUGAAUAUGAUCAUUAUAUACAUCUAAAGUGUACCAAUAAACUUAAUUUAAAGAGGGAAAGAAAAAAAAGACAGUAAAAACUGCUGAAUCAACAAUUCUAGAAAUGUAAUUUAUCAAACACAUUUUAGUAACUACUGCGACAAAAGACUAUGUGAUAUACAUAAUGAUCAAAUUCACCAUAGGGAAUUUGUACUUGUAUGUGAUAUAUUUUGAUUCUUGUUUUUUUCCUGCAAACCCCUCUCCCUUCCCUUCUAGUAAGACUGAACCAUAAAACUGCUAGAAGCAAACAUAGGAAGAAAGCUCUCUCUCACUGGCUUUGGCAGUGAUUUUUUGCAUAUGAUACCAAAAGCACAGGUAACAAAAGCAAAUGUGUACAGGUGGAACUGCAUCAAAUUAAAAUGUUUAUGCAUCGCAAAAGAAAAUAAAGACAGCCUACACCAUGAGAGAAAAUAUUUCAAACCAUCUACCUAAGAAAGGGCUAACAUGUAAAUGGUUGGUUGUAUCGACAGAAGAAGUUUAAAAAUUUAACUAAAUGGGCUCAGCAAUUCUAUGCCCCGGGCUGUAGAAGCUCUGCCUCAGGGUGACUCAUUUACCGCACGGGUCGAGGGGACCCACCCUAGAGCUGCUCAUGGCCUGGACAAUACAGAGGGCACAUGAAGAAAGCAGGCUUGCUUCUGUUUCUUGGAGGAGCUCCAGUCUCAGCCUUCAGAGCACACUGACUCCUGGAUCCCAGUGUAGACUUCAGCUGCAUUACUGUUCAGCCUCCCAUCGCAGACCCAGUGGCCUCCUGAGAUGGACUGGCACAGGACACUGCAGUGAUCUCCAGAUCCUGGUGAAUCCUGCAGUCUCCAGCGUGCAGACACCCUCUGCACACUUCCUCAUCCAGUCCUGUGGGUGACCAUCAUAAGCUUACCUUGUGAUUUCCUAUCCAAUUGUAUAUCUUGUGUUUCUCUAGUCUGUUUCUCUAGUAAAAUAGAUACAAUAUGCAAAA